AAUAUGCACCGGAUUAUCAAUCUUCUGAUGCGCCCUAAACUCAGCCUUUAUAUACUCAUCCCCUAGCAAACGCUGCUCCCGCGGCAGAUGAUACCUAUGCACCCUAAACAACCGCCGGUAGAGCAGUAUCGGCGGCAACAGCGCCAUCUGCGUCGGCCUAAGAGACUUCGUCGCCUCCCCAGCCACAGUCGCAAACAAUCUCGUCGUGGGCCUCAUAAUUACGAGCCCCUCUCACAUUCAAUGCGUCGAAGUCAGAUGCAGGAACAGUGGUGUCGUCAGCGGGAAAAAAAAUAAAGCUCAGGAAAACCACCUCGGCUCGACUUGCACCUCCCGGCAUCACCAAAAACCACAUCCCACCAUCCCCUCCAUUUGUUUCACGCAUGCAAUACACACAUGUAGCAUGCUCCCCACGCCCUCCACCUCCCACGUCUCCUUCGACAACGUCUACGAACCCGCCGAGGACUCCUUCCUACUCCUAGACACCCUCUCCUCCCCCGCCGAAACCGCCUUCCUCCACUCCCGCUUCCACCCCCCCGAACCACCCUCCCCGCUCGUCCUCGAAGUCGGCACAGGCUCCGGCGUCGUCCUCGCCUUCGUCGCCGCCAAUGCCUCCACCAUCUUCGGCCGCAGCGACGUCGUAGCGCUUGGGACAGACAUCAACGGCUUCGCCUGCCGGGCAUCCACCACCACUCUACAAACCGCUGUCACAGAUCCCGGGACCUCGAAACCAGGCCACUUCCUCGAUGUAGUCAAUGCAGAUCUGGCAUCUCCAAUCCGCUCUGGCUCCGUGGAUGUUCUCAUAUUUAACCCACCGUACGUGCCUACCCCCGAUCUUCCGGAUUUGGUAGCGCACGAGAACUAUAAUACGCUAUCCCCAGGCGCGAAAUCCACUUCGUUCGAGCAAGACUCGCAUCUACUCGCUCUGUCCUACGCUGGAGGUGCAGAUGGUAUGGAGAUCACGAACAAACUGCUAGCCCAGCUUCCGGACAUCCUCCACCCGGAAAGAGGAGUGGCGUUCAUCCUCCUCUGUGCACAAAACAAGCCCAAUGAGGUCAAAGAGCACAUCAUGAGCUGGGGAAAAAGCUGGGCGGUCGAGACGGUCGGGUCUAGCGGGAAGAAAGCUGGGUGGGAGAAGCUGCAGAUCCUGAGGAUUUGGAGGAUAGGGCCUUGAGGAUGAUUAGGCACAGCAUAAUUAGUUGCACCCAAUACUUCGAUCGCCAUCGGUUGCCGGAUUCUGACUUUUCAGAGGAAGGGUAUCCAACGCCAGUCCACGCCCAUCCGUCUAUCGGCGAUUCGAUAGAGCCAAACGCCAAA